AUGUCAAACACUAGCUCUCAAGCACUUGGAUCGGCAGAUGAGUCUGGUUACGUCACUGCGCGCCCGAAAGUCAACCGCGACUCGAGCACCGAACCGACUGAAGAUCCGUCUACAGGAUCAGAGACUGGAGAGGAAGUGAGCAGCCAGGCACCGACUGAGGAAACUUCAGCCCCGCCGAUACCCGAGCCUUCGCGACAGUUGACACCUCGGCCACCCCUUUAUGGACUAUACCACAGGAGGACAGCGAGAAAGAGCGCACCAAUGCCGAGAGAAGUGUUGAGGUUCGAGCAUCCAGAACCCGUGCCAGCACCUCCCGCACCAAGGAGUGAGCGUCACGAGCCUAGUCAGCCUCGACCCCCAGUCAUAGGGACGCCUUAUAUGCGAGCACCCGGGAUGACUUGUCAGGAGCGACGCAGCAUGGAGGCCAUGGCCUGA